CAGAGGCCCAAGUUACUGUUGAGCCAGGGUACGACACAUCCUUAGCUGUAGGGGGAUCUGGAUCCUUCACCUACAAGUGCGUGAAUGGCGAUGCUUCGAAUCUGGUUUACCCGACGUGGACGAAUGAGGAUGGUCAGGUCAUCCAGACAUCAGCAGGCGGUGGAAAUGAACGUGUGUAUACUACCGAGUCCAUCGAGCCUGUCAGUGGAGAAUUCUUGUACAUUACUCGGUUGACCUUCUCCAAUGUGGAGAUUACUGAAGAUGGCGUUUAUACUUGUUCAGUGAAUUCCGAUGAGGAAAGUAGACAGAUCAUCGUAUCAAUUCCGAUAACCUUCCCAGUCAUGGAAGCAGAAUCCAGUCAGCGUUUACUCAUUAAUGAAAACGGUCGCGUUGAAUGUACAAUCAAUUCCAAUCCUUUUCCCAGUGUGUACUGGAAACUCAAUGGCCAGUUCAUCGACCAAACAAACACUGAGGACAGGUAUACAUUUAGUACUCAGACGAUCGUAGAACCAGAGAGACCAGGUUUUGAGCAUGCUGAGAUUGCUAUUCUAGAAGUACGGGAUGUCAUUGCCCAAGAUGCCGGUUCCUACGAGUGUUUCGCAACGGUCGAUUCAAUAGGAUCCACUGAUACCUUGACUAUUGCAGUCCUCGUACAAGUUCCGCCUGAAUGGACCGUCCAACCCGAGGACGUCCAGGGCGUAGAGGGUUCCUCCGUGACCAUCCAAUGUGCAGCUUCCGGGAACCCUGACCCCAUGUACACCUGGACAGACCAGUCGGGACAGGCCAUCACUCCCGUUGAGGGAAAGUAUGAGCUUGUUGAUGAUGGCGAGUUCUUCACCAUUCUUAACCUGGAGUCAGCGGAUGAUCAGACCUAUGUGUGUACUGCCUCUAAUGAUGCCAUCAAUUCCACAACUACCACUGAAAUAACGGAUCCUGUGAGGUUAGAGGUCCUGAUCCCACCAGCACUCAACGGCCAGGACAAUGAGACUGUGAUCGAAGGAGAGCUUUUCAGUAUGGAUUGUAUCAUCACGAGGCCCGAUGCUACCGGCACCCUUUCGUGGAGGCGGUAUGGCAUCACCGAAGACGAUAUCGUCAAUGAAGGAACCUGGAAUCUUGAUAGCAGAGUGACCGUUACAAGGAAGGACGAAGGAAGGACACUGACCCUGUCUCUCUCACCAUCCAACUAUGAUCACUCAGGAGGGUGGACUUGUUUUGUGGAGAGUGAUGCCGGUGAUGCUCAUGUAACCCAUUACCUCUCUGUUGAAUCUAUUCCGUUCAUCGAUCGUAGCGAGACGCCUUCUCGUGUCUUGUCCUGGCCAGGUAACCUUGUCAACAUGUCCUGUGUGGUCAACGGCUUCCCGUAUCCCACCAUCCGUUGGUACAUUGUGCAAGAUGAGAGAUUCAUCCGUGUCAAUGCCACUGAACACAUUCAGUUCUUACCAAACCAGCCCAGGGGCACGUCCGUCAUGUCGAUCACACCAACCGAUGCAGACUUUGUUCCAUAUUACUGUGAAGGUGUCAACAAGCACGGUGACACAAAGGAACGCAUUGAAUUGGUAGAAGGAGGCUUUCCCUCUGAGCCAGAGAACGUCCGUCUCACUGACGUCACUUCAUCAACCAUCAGGGUGCUCUACGAUGAACCAGAAAACGAUGGCGGUUUCGACAUUGAGUAUUACGUAGUCAUGUACAAUUCCGGUUUUGAUAGCCUCAACGAGACAAGGAAAUACGAUAAUAUUACGAAUGUCAUGCUUGACGGUUUAGCCGGUAAUACGAGAUAUCAGGUGUGGGUAGCAGCAGAGAAUUACAGAGGCGUCGGAAUCUACUCCACAGGCAAAUACGCUACCACGGAACUCAAUAUUGUAACCACAGUUACAGUUGGACCAAGUAUUGUACCAAGUAUAUCUGCCCCAGGCAAGCCCAGGAUCACGUCGGAUGACGGUUCAGAAUACGCGGAGAAGUACAUCCUGACCUGGGAGCCUCCACAGGAUAACGGUGGUUCUGCCAUCACCUACUACCACAUCGAGUACGCCCAGGUUGAUGGUCCUGAUGAUGAUCAGCUAGGAUCGAGACCGGCUAAUGAGUUUGAAGUCGUGUACACAGAGACCCAGGCCACGCUUCAACCGCUGAACCCAAACAAGUACUACCUAGUGGAACUGAGAGCUCGCAACAGCCAGGGAGAUAGUGAACCUGCCCAACUAAACUUCAAGACACGCGGUGGAUUUGAUUUCCAAACGGAAAAGCCAUACCGACCCGAGCAGCAAAUCGGUGCGCUCGGGACGACGGAGAUCGUGGCCAUCGUGGUGGCAUGCUUCAUCAUCCUCCUAAUUCUCAUUGACGUUUGUUGUUUCUGUAUGAACGACUGCGGUGUGCUUAUGUUCAUCUGCGUGAACUGCUGCGGCAAGGCGGCCCCGUCGUCCAAAGACGAGAUCGAGAUGGGGGAGGAAGAGUAUGGUGGUACCAAACCAUCGAGCCCGCCCGGAGACGGACCCCCCACCUACCAACCGGUCGAGAACGGCAAGCCGGACGACGUCGAGGCUCCCGCACCCGAGACGACCCCGCAAGCCGAGUCCGAACCUCUUAUGACUAAAGAUGGACCGGACAUGAAUUCCAAUGUUGGAAAGGACUCUCCCAUUUUAGGAAAAGGGGAGUCGGGGCAAGGUGAUGGACCCGUUGUGGAGAAUAUUGCUGUGGAGUUGGAGUUGAACUCAGAAUGAUUACUAUGACGAUGAUGUCUCCUCGUACCGGUACGCAGACAAGAAGUUUGGGGCCUCAGAUUGCUAGACCACCAGAUGCAACGUAUUUCUUUUGUAUUUACUAUUAUACCUGUAUUUGAAUCCAUUGAUGACUGGAUGGAUUUAUAGUCACAGGGGGGCAUGCCAGCUGAGCGGUGAAAAGGGGUUUUGCUAUAAAAUUAAUGUGUGAAUUCAAAAAGGUGGGUUAAAUUACGUCAUUUGACAACAUGGGCUAAGUUUAAUCCCUAGUUGCUCUAAUUUGCAAUAAAUGAAAGUGAGUAAAGUUAACCCACGUUCGUGAAUUCAGGCCAUCAAGAUCACGGAUUGAACUUCCUGCCAAGUUGCUUGUGCCAUAUAAGCAUACAAGCCAUCAUGUUCUUUCUUUCUAUGGGGUCAUCCAUACGUUAUCCUUCAGGAUGGCAGAAUGUGACUCCCGAAACAACCAGGCCUGGAUACAAUGCCUGAACAAUGGAAGAAAAUAAAAGUUAACCUGUCGGAGACCAAGCCUGUAUGUACACAUUGGCUGCGGUCUACGAAAAUGUGUGUUAUGGCAUAAUCAUCAAGUAUCCACUGGGUUAACUUUGGUUCUUUCGUCCUGGACUUAAGACAUUGUUGUGAACAGUCUUCCUUGUGUCGUAUGGCAUAUCUCUAAACCCUUCAAUCCAUCUUCUUGCUGCUUCAUCUUCUUAGAUGGUACAUGUAUCAUGUGUACUAUAACAAUAUAUUCUUCUUGUCAUCAAUGGACUUAUGCAACUUUGAAACCCACCUGCUUUUUCAAGUUCUUAAGAUCAUAUUUAUAAAACAUUGAUUUGUAUGUAGACUCUUACCGAGCGGCAAUCCUUAGCCAGAUAUCCUAGUUUGCCAAAUUUUCUGCUGUAUAUUUCCCAAAGUAUAGACUCACCUUACUCAUUUUUUGCAACAUUUUUCUGGGAGUGUUUGAGAGACAUAUGCCCUCUGUCAAUAGCACCUAUCUUGACAAGGAUUUUUUUUUCUUCAAACCAUGAAUAAUAGCAACUGUUCUCCAAUCCUUGAGAAAGAAUGAAAAUAUUUUCAUUUUUUUCAACUUUUUGUAAAUAUUCUAACUUGGCCAAGGCAAUUCAUUCAGAAAGAAAUUUAAUGAUAUGUUUAACUUUGGAAUAAUACAUCUGCACAUAAUCUAGAUUUUGAUAUAACAAGUGAAACAGCACACAUAAUAUAAAUUGUACUUGUUACCUUAACUUCAAACUUUUUAGGAUGUGACAUGUAGCAAGUGUUUGCUCCUCAGGAUUUUUGAUACAGAAUAUAUCAUGUCGGAUGGUUGUAAAUAAAAUUCAAAUAUUUGUAAUUAAAAUCAAUCGCUAUGGUAAGAUUUAUACACUUGCUGUAGUUUGAUGAACAAACGACGAUGUGUUUUUACGGUUCAUGUAGAUAACAAACAUUGUGAGUUCAAGAAGUACUACGCUCUCAUAUAUCCAUGUCUAGUGUAAAUUGAUAUGUCAAUGAUUUUGAUGUGAUAUUGAGCUAAAUUAUGAUUAAAAGUGUUAUCCAAAAGUGUUUAAGAAAGAAAAAUCUUGGGAGUUCAAUACAAGAGAAAAGCCUUGUUUUUCCUGCAAUGAAGCAUGUGAAAGACGGCUGUUUGUACUAAAUAUUCACUUAUUGUAACGCUCAACAUAUUUUGUAGUCAACUGAAAAUUCAUGUUCAGCCUUUUCAUUGAUGCCCAUGUGCAAUUAACAUGUAGUGCAGAAAAUAUUUCAUGUUUUCUGUCUACCAAACGGUAAUCAUGUCAUAUUAAUAUGCAGAAAUAUCAUCAGCUAAGAAGCGAAAAUUCAUGUAUUUUACGUAUGGAUCAAGUUUUUCUAUAGAAUUCCAAAUAUACAUGUACCAAAUAAUGAACGAGAGUAAUAAUUUCAUCCAAAGAAUUCUAGUGAUCAAACGAUGAGUGCCUUUUUACAUACAGUACAUGUUGAAUUGAUGACAGUACAUUUUGUAGUUAUGCUGUACCUCGAUCAAAAUAACCCACCAAUUUUUUUAUAUAGUAUUUGAGAUAUGUAACUGUAAGGAGUGCAUUGUUUCUGGUGGUUUAGCAAGUGAUGCAACAGUUCUCGCGACCACAUAUAUAUUCAGCAGUAGUAUUAGUAGAGAGAUGUUGGACAUGAAUGUGCAAAAUGUGUGUUAAUAACAUCUAAGUCAAAAUUACCCAAAGUAGACAGAAUUCAGUGGUCCCAAAACAUUCUACUUAUGCAGAGUCCCCUAUAUAUGAUUUGAAGGUUGCAUAUAUGUAUGCUUCGACAAAGUGUGAUAAAUAUGAUUUGACAAGUUACUUUUUUAGAUACCACUAAAAAAUGCACAGCAACUUUUCAAUCUAUUUGAAAAUUGACAUCAUACCUACUUUAAAAUGACAACAUUGAACUUGAAAUCUCCCAUUAUUUUAUGCUCCAACUUUUAUGAUUCUCAUCAAGCUUUUGCAGACUUUCAUUUUUUUUCUCCAAAAAUCUCUCUGCUUUUACUGCUUCUUCGACUCAAAGAAGUUUUAUACUUGUGGUAGCGAGACCUGAAUGGUAUCCUAUAGGUAGGCAUGUAUCGAGGAGCAUGCUCGUUUUUAUAUGCACCACAUAUUUAUGGCAAAUUUCCUUCGAAAGAAGUAUAUGUAAUCUCAAUCUGGUAAUUAUACUGAAUGUAGAAUACACGUACAUUGUUUUGAAGAGUAGACAUUUUAAGUUGUCUUAAGAAAGCAUAAAAUUUAGUUUUAAUCUAUCGUCGUCGGAGGGAAGAGAUGUAAGUAUUCUGUGAUAUGCCAAUGUGUUGUUUAAAGCAUUGUCUUUCCAUGUGUGCCAUUAUAUUGUACUUUCUAAUAUGCAGAUUGAUUGGUGAAUUAAUAUAAUACUGUAACUUUUAUUACUUUAUAACCAUAUCAUUUGGGAUAAUCCACAUUUCGGAAAAAAAGGGGGGCAUCAGGACUUGGGUUGUUGGUAAUUUGGACACAACUUUCACAGGUUUUUUUUUGUUAAAUUUAUUUGUAUUUCCUUUUUUUUUUUGGGGGGGGGUGAGAGUAUUAAGUUAAUGCCCAAUAACUGCAAAGAAAUUUGAAUUCCUUUUUACAUAGAAAAGAUCCUGAGCACUUCAAAAACUUAUAAAAUGGUAUUUAGGUUCUCUUAACUCUUUUUUUUUUCGUGUCGAAUUUAAUUCUAAUUUUCUGUUUUAUAUUUAUUUCUAUGGAGUAAAUCCAUAGGAUUAAACAUAAAACACUGAAUUUAUGAUGAUAUCGUAGACAAUGUGUGUAGAUAUGAGAGAUGAGUGUUGACAUUGAUUGCAAUCUGGUUUUAUUAUAAAAAUGUAAUUAUUAUAAAAAUGAGAUUGAAUGUGUGUUGAAUACUUGUAGUUAGAUGAAUGCUAUAUAAGUUAUUUUAGGGCCAGCCUGUAAAAAGGUCCACAAUGUUAUGUCCCUAUUUUGGGAUUAUUAUAUAUCUCCAAUCAUGUUUUCCAUAAUAUCUCUAAGUUCUAAUGCUCUUCAAGUUGAUUGUGUAGUGGUGUAGAAAAUUAAAUUGAUUUUCUUUGAUUUCUCACCAAAAUGUGCUUGCUGUACUAAGAACAUACAUGUAUAUUCUUUGUUUGAUUUGUUGCUGGAUGUAUAAAUUGUUCAUCCUUUUCAAUGUCGGUUGCAAUUUUGGUUCUGAUUUUUAAAUCUGAAUGAUGUUUAAAAGUACUUUUCUAUGUCUAGUUCUUGAAGUGAAUAUCUUUUUUUUUUCCAUGUGUUACUGAUUAUCUAUUUGUAUUGUUGACAACUCUUAAAUUAGUUUCUUUUUAUAGAAUUUGAAUUCAUGUAUUUCAUGUAUAAUCUACUGUUCAUUCUUGGAAUGGAAUGGCAAUUGGAAUGAGUAAAAAUAAAUUUAUACACGAAGAACACUGAAGUGACAACAUAUAUUGUCACAUGGUUUACCAAAGGGUGUUAACACUAGUGCAUCAAAUACUGUACGCUGACAGAAUGGCGUCAGCCCUGGCGUGCACUUCAUUUUGACGGCAAGCUUGCCUGAGCCGACACUUCUAACCUAAAUGUAAACAAUUUGUUGCACUCCUGUGUACGGCCUUUUUUCAGCCAUCUGAUGAUAUAUUGUUCCUUUCGGAAAGUAGAUAUACAUAUUUUAAUGCCUUAUAUCCUAACAGCCUGGUGCAGGAACAAACCAGUACAAACCACUUGAUCAGUAUAAGAUUUUGGUAGUCAUUUUUAAACUUUUCUAGUCAAUGGUAAUAAAAGCCAACAAAGUGUCGAUUCAAAUCGAGAUUCUUAUGUGAUAUUUACAUCUAGUACUAUUGCAAAAAUCUGUCAGUCAUGGUUUUUUGUGACAAAUCUUUUUUUUUGUAAUUUCUAAGCAUUUUAAAAAUGUGUUUUUAUCAUUCUCGUGUGAGCUGUGUAGUUUUCAUUAUGAUUGUUAUUAUCAUGGUUUUAUGGGUGUACCGUUGCCACUUUUGUGCAAACAAAUAAAUCUCUUGUCAGUGUA